GAAUACAAUUUCACCAUCUGGUAACUCUGAGCAAAAGGAGCAAUCCCUUCCCACGCAAAAAAUAAAGGACAAAGGAUGAGCAAGAUACCAGGGAGCAAUCUGGAGUUUGUCCGCGAGGACGACUUCGUGGAGUACUACAUAUUCCCCAAGAUACCGGAAAACAUGAAAGAUGAGACGAUUCUACGCAAACUGAUGCUCCAGGUCCGCACCGAAAUCGCGGCCAUCGUCAAGGAAAAAUCCAUGGAGCGGAGCUAUCUGUGGCACAAGGACGAGUUCCACCUGCAGAUCCGGAUGGGCAGUGCCGAGGAGCGCCUGCUGAACGAGGAAAUCAACCUGGAGGAGGAGGAGGAACUGGGUGACCUCCCGCCCCACUUCCACGGCGUAACCCACUACGGCGACAACAUCAGCGACGAGUGGUUCAUCGUCUAUCUGCUCACGGAGAUCACGCGGUUUCGCAGUGAUUGCAUUGCCCGGGUUAGCGAUUCGGAUGGGGAAUUCCUGCUCAUCGAGGCGGCGGAUGCCCUGCCCGACUGGGCUUCUCCGGAGACCUGUGAGCAGAGGGCUUACCUCGUAGGUGGCAACCUGCAUCUGCUCCAGAAUUCCGCCGCCAGCAGCCAGGAGAAGCCCCUGACAAUGGCCACUGCUGUGCAACGUAUCCGAUUGAAUCCCACCCUGUAUCGCUGCUCACGGGAAAUACAGUCCUGCAUUGAUACGCGGCUCAAGGAGUACCAGAUCGCCCAGCCGCACUUUUCCAUCCAUCGCCAGGUUCUGGAACUCCCACAGAGUGCAGCCCAGCUCCUGAAGCACCGGCCACGCCUGCUCUCCUCGGCGGUGAGGGCUUUGUGUGACCGGGACUCACUGGACGUGAAGGCAUUGCGCACCAUGCGCUAUUUCCCACCGGAGGCCAAGCGCCUGCGCACCAACGUGCGGUUUACUCGCUGUCUGUACGCCAUGUUGUCGCACCAACAGUAUCUCCCCGAAAAGAGACUCGGUUGGAACCUCACGGAUCCCGUAGCCGAGCCGGAGCGGUACAAGGAACAACUGCUAGGCGUAAAAUUGGCUAGCGGAUUGGAGAUUUUGGCAACACAGGCCAAGCGGGUCGAGGGUCAGAAGCUGGAGGAGAUGCCCGCCUGGCGUGCGUAUCUGCGCAGUCUAGAGGGCAAAGGAUACUUCCGCAAGAACAUCGAGGGCAGUGCCGAGUACCAGGAGCUGCUCGAGAAGGCCAAGGACUAUUUCCGUGGCAACCAGGAGCGUUUUCGCACCGCCUCACAAGCAGGUGCCGAGAUCCUCAACCUAUUGCUCCACCCACCAGAGGUGGCUUUACAGGAAUUGCGCGAUGAGCAGAACAACCUGCAGCCCAGCGACUCGGAUGAGUGGUUGAACAUUAGCGCCGAGGAUCUGGACUCAAUGCUGCAGGAUCGCUAUGGACCCAAGAAGCUCUACAAGCCGAAUGGCCAGAUGAAUGCCGAGGAAUUCACCAAGCAGCUUUCGGAAUUCCUCGAUCGGCAGUCCAACUACGAGGGCAUCGAGCAUAGCGGACUUGAGGAGCCGGAGCUGGACUCCGACGAUGAUGAGCCGCCGCCACAGGCCAGGACCUCCUCUGGUUUGGGGGGAAAGGUCAAAAAGAAUCCCUCCAUGCGCAGGGCCUGCCAGCGCAACUCGCUCAUCCAGUCUGAGGAGCCUGACACCACCCAUGUGCGGAAUUUCCUGGAUUUUGUCAUACCCGAGGACAACUGGGACUCCACCUCAGAGAUGAGCGACUAUGCGGAUGAGGAGGACAUGGAGAGGAAUAUGAAAGCGCUGUCCGGCGGAGGCAGUGUUUUCCCGUUGGACCGACAGAUCCAGUCGUACAUGGAACAGAUGGACCGCGAGCUGGCCCAAACCAGUGUGGGCAAGUCCUUCCACGGCAAGAAGAAGAAGGCUCCUCCGCAGGCGGACGAGGAGGACUUCGACGACAUUGAGGACUUUGAGCCCAUCAAUAUCAAUGUAAACACGCUGCGCAACAUGAUGGACAGCUACCAAUCGCAGGUGGGCGGCGCUGGACCCGUGUCCAAUCUUUUUAGCGCCAUGGGCGUGGGCAUGUCGGCAGCUGGCGAGGAUCAAGACCCCCAAGACAUCUCCGAAUCGGCCGUUUAAACGGAAUUACAGGGUUUAGUCUAGUCUUAAGUCCAUUAAAUAAACGUAAAUGUGAAUAAUUGAUUGUAA